ACGGGGCACACGCGGGGGACAUCUCACUCCGGUAUCCGUCGGUCUCCCCCUCCCCACGACCACCCCCCCAUCUCCCUGCCAACCCACCCACCCGAAGGCUCUUCGGGCUGCAGCCGCCGCCGCCGCCGCUGCUGCUGGCUAGCAAAAGCCACCGCGUCGCGUCCACAGCCGUGGCGGACAACCGAGGCGCUCCUUUUCCACGUUACAGAAGCCCCAUUCCCCCCCCAACCCCUUCCCUCCUCCUCCCCCCCCCAUUCCCUCCUCCUCCCAUUCCCAGCCAGGCAAGCAAGCGACAAAAGCGGAUUAUUCACGAUGGUCUCGGCAUGGCGCAUAAGCCGCGGAGGAAGGCUGUUUUUUUAGCCGCCGCCGCCGACACCGGAGGACCGCCGGAGCUCGUUGGUGAAAAUGGGGGAAAAGGAUUUACAAUGCCCGUCGCGCGUGUCGUGCAUUCCACGGGAGCUCCGCGGACGUGGGGUGUGAAUGACUUGUGGCUAUAGGGCGUCGUGAGCGGGCCAGCUUCCUGCAAGUGCACACGCUUGCGUGCGCCUACGCCCGCCCUCCAAGGGGGGAGGGGGCUCACUAAGCGAGGACGCGUCAGUGCCCAGGGGACCUGAGGCUUGGUCCUCCAUAUGAGGCCCUGCUCAAAGGGCAGGGGGGGCUUCUGAGUGUGCCCGAGGGCCAUUGAAAGCCCCCUUGAGGAGUUUCAUAAAUACACAGCGAACGAGGAAAGACUCCUGGACUAUUAUUGUUUUUACCCGUUUCUCUUUCGCACAAACACACCACACACCAUUCACACAGGGGCGGGCGCACACACUCACACAGACAAGGAGACCUUAGGGAGAAUGUUGGAGGUCCAAGAGGAGAGGCCAGCGGCGGCAGGUACAGCAGCGACACAUUUCAGUAAGAAGGAGCGCGGUAAGAAGGAGCGAGAGGAGGCCAAGGACGGACGGGGGAACCUCAGCAACCUCGGGAAUCCGGGCUCCAGGAACGUCCGUGCCAAGGCGCCGCUCGCACACGCGGGCAGUCCGCACCAGCACCUCACUUCGCCCUGUUCUGUCGUACUGGUAACCCCAUCAAUGCACUCCAAUAGGCUAAAGAACUCCCCAUCCACCAACACACAAAGCCCUAAACCUAAGACGGAGGCCAUGGUACGCUCACCUCCCGUCAUGUCCCCCUCCACUGCCUCCCAGAUGGACUCUAAAAUGCCCAAUCAGGGUAAACCAGGGAGCGCCGGCAGCCAAUCGCAGCCCUCGCCCUGCGAUCCCAAGACUCUGGGUGCCAAAGGCGCACAGAGCGUGGCAGGGGGCAUCGGGCUGAAGAAUGGCCAGAGCUUGACCUCCGGCAGCAGCUCCAAAGUGAAAGUGAAAAGGGAGCGAAGCACAUCGGUGGAGUCGUUCGAACAACCGGAGAGCGGAACUCCCACCGGCGAGGAAAAAGACAGUAGCAGAGUGAAAAGGAUGUGCGUGGCGGAGAGGAGGCAGCCUUACAGUGGAGCUGACUGGUGCUCCGGGGGAGAGAGUGACGAAGAUGACAAAGGAUUCUUCAACUGUAACUCCAGUGACGUGAAGCCGCCAGAUUCGGUCACCCAUCCUACCUCCAACGCCGGCCUCAGCCGCUCCUCCACUCCCUCUCACAAUUUACUGGGAGGCCCGGGCUCCACGACCGAACCUGUGAGCGGUCAGAAACCAGGCUCCAAACUCGUCUAUGUCUUCACCACAGAGAUGGCUAACAAGGCUGCCGAUGCAGUUCUAACUGGUCAUACAGAAAACAUCAUCACCUUCCACAUGAAAAACAUCUCCAACAACAAAGACAAAGCUCACCUCCUCCUGAACAACGCAGCAAGCACCCUCCGAAACGACUCCAAGCCUUCCCAGCAAACGCCGUCCCAUGGCCAAGAUCAGAGCCACCUGCCCGGAUCCAAGCCGUCCUUAACGGGCAUGGCGGAGCCAACCCCGCCCCAGUCCACAAACCAGGGAAACCAGUCUGGUGUUCUUCCCCAGGAUGGCUCGACCACCGCCGGCAUUGAAUCCAAAAACCUUUCCAGCAGCAGCCCCAGCAACAACGCCGGACCCGUUGACCAAACGCCCAUGAGCCAACCCGAGGCAGGCCUCAACGCUCCCGCAGCAGGUGAAGUCGGGCAGGGCGUAGGCCCCGGGGGGCCGGGCCUGACACCUCAGCAACAGCAGCAACAGUUGGCUCAGGAACUUUUAAAUAUGGAGGCCAAUACGGAGGGUCUGUCCCAAGAACAGUUGGAGCACCGCCAGCGCUCACUGCAGACAUUGCGAGACAUCCAGCGCAUGCUUUUCCCAGAUGACCGCGACGCACCACCCCCUGGGCCUCCACAGUCUCAUGGUGGGCCCCACGACGGAGGCCCUGACUGUCCUCCCCGGCGGUCUGAGCCGGGCCCCUUGCAGGCCAUGAUGGCACAAUCUCAAAGCCUCGGACCACCAGGUGGGCCAGGAGGACCUCGUCCACAAGUUCCACCCUUCGGACCUCCUCACGGUCCCCGAGACAUGCCCCCUUUUGCGCAGGAUGAAAUGGGUCCCCACAUGGGAGGCCCCGGUGGCUGUGGGGACGGCGAUCAAAUGACCCCAGAACAGGUGGCGUGGUUGAAGUUACAGCAGGAGUUUUACGAGGAAAAGAGGAAGAAACAAGAAAUGCAACACCGGCCGCUUCCUCCAGACAUGAUGAUGCACCCCCACGGUCCACGCGGUAUGAUACGAGGACCUCCGCCACCCUAUCAGAUGGGCCCAGGAGAGAUGUGGGGAGGACCAAGUGGGCCACAAGACCCUUACCCAGAACGCAUGGGCAUGGGCCCUGGCCCAGGUCCAAGAGGGAUGCCCCCUCAUAUGCAGAGGAUGCCCGGCUUCUCAGGAAUGAUCAACCCUGAAAUGGAAGGACCCGCCCGGCCCGGAAUGGGGUGGCCCGACGACAUGCCGCCUCGUAUGGGAGAUGGACGAGGGUUCCCUGGAGGCCCGGGGGGGAUGUUUUCCGGUCCGGGCGGUCGAGGCGAGCGCUUCCCAAACCCUCAGUCAGUCCAAGAAGCAAUGUUCCACCAAGGUAUGGGCGGAGAGAAGGGCCUUCCCCCUGGUAUGAUGAUGGACAUGCAAAGGAUGAUGGGCCACCAAAGAGGUGGAAUGGAACCCGGUAAUGGCAUGGGAAUGUUUCCAAGAAUGCCCGGUGACGGUCCCAUGAGUCCAUCUUCGAGGCUCCAAGGAAUGGGCGGUCGAGAAAUGGGUCCCGAGUUCGGCAUGGGGCCCGGUCCCGGGCCGGGACCUCACAUGCACGCUUCCAAGCUACGAGACCCUCCAAUGAACUUGAGUCCAGAUGAGAUGAUGAGAAUGAGAGGAGGCCCCCCGAUGGAAAACAUGACCGCGCAGGGGAGGGCAAUGCAAGGGCCCCCCUUCCCCGAGCAGCCGCAACCUGGAGACUUUCCGAUGGGGCCUGGGCGACCUUUCCCAGGGGGUCCUGGAGGAAUGAGGGGCUCGCAUGGAGAGCAGCCGUUUGGCCCAGAACACAGAGCGACACCGACAGGAGGCAACGGUCGCAUGAACCACCUGCCCCCCAAUGCCGGCCCUCCACAGGGCCAGAGGGGGCGUAAGCCAGCAGAUCUGAAUGUUCAAGCAGGUGGGGGCAACUCUCCCAACGUCAACCCACUCAAGUCCCCUCCUCUGAGGCAGGUGCAGUCCCCUAUGAUGGGCUCGCCCUCCGGAAACCUCAAGUCACCCCAGACGCCGUCCCAGCUGGCUGGCAUGCUCACGGGUCCCACGGGCCCGCAGGCCCCUCCAGCGCCCCCAUCGUCGGCGCCAAUGAAGUCACCGCACUCCAUGAUGGGAUCGGCGGGAGCCUCCCCCGUUCACAUGAGGUCUCCUUCCCUUCCUAACCCCUCGCCGGGAUGGGCCUCCUCGCCAAAGCCGCCCAUGCAGAGUCCUGGAGUGCCACAACCAGGAGGCAAGCCCCCUCUCAGCCUCACCUCACCAAACAUGAUGGGGAACAUGGAGCAAGGAGGUAACGGCCCAGCCUCCGCCCCGCCUUCAUCCGGCGCACCGUCCGGUCCCAUGUCCCUCCCGGGCAACGUGCCGUCGGGCAGCCCUUACACCAUCCCGCCGGAGCCCACACUCUCCCAGAACCCGCUUUCCAUCAUGAUGUCGCGCAUGUCCAAGUUCGCCAUGCCCAGUUCCACGCCGCUCUACCACGACGCCAUCAAGACGGUUGCCAGCUCCGACGACGACUCGCCCCCGGCUCGGUCCCCUAACUUGCCUUCAGUCAACAACAAUGGUAUGCCGAUGAACCACCAAGGCAACCCUCGAAUGAUGGGCCCUGGUAACUCUGGACCCAUGCCGGCCCUCAGCCCACUCGGUAUGAACCCGAUGGGAUCCCAGCCCCUCUCUCACGGAAUGCCGCCGCAGAUGCCCUCUCCGAACGCCCCUAACAUGGGUCCCGGUAUGAUCCCUCACGGCAUGAUGAUCCCCACCAACCCGCAAGACCCCGGGAUGUCCAACCCGCAGAUGAUGCCCCAGGGACGUCUGGGUUACCCCCACCGGAACCAGGGCUACCCGCUUACCCAGUCGCCGUCCCAGCAGGGCCCCUUCUCACCGCACAACGGGCCCGGGCACCAAGGCUUCCCCGGUCAUCCCAUGGGCUUCCAAGGAGAAGGAGGGCCGAUGGGAGGACGGAUGGGAAACAUGCCCCACGGGGGAGGGCCGGACGGAGGCAUGUGCAAGCCGAACACCCCCGGCGGACCCGAGUUCAACAACAUGCAAGGCGGGUUCAGCGAGGCGGACCUUCACGAGGUGAUGCGGCCGGGGGCGUCCGGCAUUCCCGAGUUCGACCUGUCCAGAAUUAUCCCGUCAGAAAAACCCAGCCAGACUUUGUCCUACUUCCCUCGCGGAGGAGGAGACAACCCCGGGGGCAAACCGCCGCACCCUUCCGGCUUCCCCAUGCAGGCCAUGAUGGCCGACGGCCCCCCGAGGAUGGGAAUGCCCAUGCAGGGGAUGGGGGGGAUGCCGGGGGGACCCGGCGGGGGGAUGGGGCCCCAAGACAUGCCAAUAGGCAACCCGGGCCAAAAUCCCAUGCGCCCUCCGGGGUUCAUGGGCCAAGGCAUGAUGGGCCACCAGCCCCGGAUGAUGUCCCCCGGGGGUCCCGGGGGGAUGAUGCAGGGGCGGCAAAUGGCCCACCCCGGCCCGGGCGGUUCCCCUAACAUGAUGAUGUCACUGCAGGGCAUGGGCGGCCCCCCGCAGCAGACGAUGAUGAUGGGGGGGCAGAUGAGGCCGCGUGACAUGGACAUGGGCUUCAGUCCGGGCCCUGGAAUGUUCUAAUCGGGGGAAACUUUAUAUAUCUAGAAUGUUCUGGGACAAAUUAACGAGUCUUUGUACGCGGGAGGCGCAAAUUGAGGAAGUAUCCAAACAAAGUGGAUGUACCCCCCCCCCCCCCCCCGAAUCAACUAAACGGAGAUGCCGUCACGUCACACCCGUGGACCGCGGGGACUUUUUCCCCAAUGGAAGUCGGGAGUACUUUUUGCCACAAGAACAAUUUUGACUUGCGAACUUCAGAAUGUAUGGAUGGAAUUGUCGUGCAAAGUUUUUGUGUAUUUUGGGGGACUCAUCACGAGGAGUCGGACAUCAAACGCGAAUCAAUCUUGCUCACAGUCAGCGUGGAGAUGUGACAGUAUAUGUUGAGCUUUCUUUUCCUCUUUCCCCAAAUUAAAAAAAAUCAUGGACGCGGUAUGGGACAGGAUCGAGCAGGAACAGGAUCGAGAAGAAUUAGUGCUUUGCGAGGACUUGGAUGGACCGCCAUCUUGUCUCCAUUAUUUUUGACUGUUUCUGUACAGUAUAUAUGUGAGUGCGUGUGUGUGUGUGCGCGCGUGUGUGUAUAGGCAUUCUAUCAGUGACCUCUCGACUCCUCUUACCCGAAUUUACUCGGGGGUAGGGGGGGGGAGCACCCCCCUCCCCCUCCCCUUAAAACCAUACUGUACUGUUUACCAUAUGUGGGCUAUUCGAAUAUUACUAGUCUAUUUUAAUUUCCUUUGUUAACUCCAGUGUAUAACAUACCAAACUAUGACCUCAUUAAGAUAAUAGUAUUAUUAAAAAAAAAAAAAAAAUGAUGAAAAAGCACAAACAUGGAGUGUCCGCCGGAAGAGUUUUCUUUUUUCUUUUUAACCACAUUAAGUGUGUGUGGGGCGGGGGGGGGGGCGCUUCGCAGCACACGAUUAAUCCCACACAUCAUGACAAGUCGUGCUCCAAAACUUCCAGGACUUCGUUAGCCAGCCAAUCCUGUUGCUAAUACCCAGAUGUGCUCUGUGUGUUCUUGUUCCUGUUUUUACUUUUCUUGGUGGGGCGGAGGGGGGGGCGAGGGUUUUGUUGUUUUUUUUUUUUUGUUUGUUUUUUUUGACUCUUGUUGUUGACUCUGGGUAAAUCAUUCCCACAGCAAUAAUCCCUCCCACCCCCUCCCUCCGAGGGUCCGUCGAGUGGAGUGGGCUUCGUGCCGAACGGAGGUAUGCCAGGUAACAUAGAAAUAGUUAGCUAGAUCUGGUGUAACGAUAUCAAAAACAAAAAAACACACAAAAAAAAAAAGCGAGGCCGCGACCGAGACGCCAAUGUAAACGCGCGCACUGCUUUUUACCAUCCAGUUGACUUCCUCUUUUUCUCUGUUGUAUAAGCUUGUCAUGUGUUUCUCCGUUGGCUUUGGUGCAAAUAGUCUACCAGGGCUGUGGUGAUGGACUACAAAUAAAAGAUAUUGUUUUGGUAUAUACAAUUUGUCCGUUGCGUGUGUG